AGGAACUGACAUGAUUUAUUGACAUUAUUGAAAUGAUUAUAGAAAUAAAAGAAGUUGCUUGUUUACUCAAUGUGACUGUUUAAGAAUUAUACCGAGGGGGGAAAAAAAACAAACCAGCUAUAAUGGUGGUAGAGCUUGCUACUAGACGCUCUAGAAUUGUCAUUGAAAGUGAAGCCUCAUUUAGGCAAAAUGUGUAUUUCUAAACGUUGCAUAGAAGCAUGCAUAGGUUUUUUGAAGCAAACAAUAUGUGAAACAUUAUGUUUGCAAUUUGUCACUAACUUUAAGUCCUGUUAUUACUCUUCCGUUCUUAUAUAAGAACGACUGAACACAAAAUGACAUCAUGUAAAAUAGAUGUCGGGGACCUUGUGUUGAAGGAGGUGGCCGACAACUGAAGCAGAGCCUGGGAAGAGGCACGUGUGGGUUCUGGAGGCUGGAGCCUCUUGCAGUUGACAUCUCUGACUUCCCGGGUUCCUUUUAUCACCCAGGGUAGAUCCGACAGCACGAGCCAUCUAGUCUCCUAUGGGCGUCUCUGGCUAGAUCCUGACUCCCAUCUGCGGAAGCCCACAUCCCGUGUUCUCCGCAGGGUCCGGAGGAGUCACCUCGGGAGCCAACUCAGCAGCCGCGAGGGCGACAGAGAGAACAGUCAGGACUCCCAUUGUCACCCCAGCAGUUCUGCGGCGUCCCCUCCCCCCUGGUGGCGAGGAGAGCUUGGGACAGGGGUGCUAUAGUACCCUCCUCCGCCACCCCGGGUUGUCCGUUCAACUGGUGGGGCGACCCGUCUCGCUGACUCUCCUGGAAGGCCACUGGGAGCCACUCUCCUGCCGCCGCCGCACCUGACUGCCUAACUGACCCCGGGGCUGGGCGAGCCUCCAGCUGCAGCGGCUGGCUCCGGGGCUCCAGGCGCUGCCGCACACGCCCUCCCGGCGCGGCUCCGGCCGAGUGCGACCCCCGGGGCGGGAAGGCGGGAGCGCGAGCAGCCCACACCUGGCCCGCGAGUCUGCUAGAAGUCGGGCGGCGGCCACGCGCGCUGGCCCACGCACGCGCACAGGGCUCGCGCGCACCGGCUGCCGGCCCUGGGGGCGGGACCGCGCGGCGGCGAGCGGGGCGGGGGGCUCGUGGAGCGCGCGCCCCGCACCCGAGGGCUGCGGAGAGAUAUUUUGGGUGGCAGGAGGCCCCUCGUCAUUUCCGCCGGGCGGCUCGUCGUGCCGGGGGCUCCACUCCCGCGCGCCAGGCGAGCGAGCGGGCAAGUUGGCUGCGACCGUGCGCCGGCGCCUCUUCCUUUCCCCGCCGCGACCUCGGCGGCUCGAGCCAUGCACUGAAGCCCCUCGGGACGCUCACCCCGGGCUGAGCCGCGGACGCCGCAGCUGCGGCUGCCGCCUGGGCUGGGACCUAGCCGACCCCGGCGUCUUACCCCGGCCAGCUGGCCGGCCGUCGCCGCUCCCACCGCAGCCACCUCCGACGCUCCAGCCUUGGGACCGAAACACAAAAGCCACCCUCUCCGCGCCGCCCACCGCGGGAGGCUGCGGCCGGCCACCGACCCCACCUGAGGGCGCAGCGGGCUGCGGACUUGGCUUUCUGUCCGAGCUCCGCGUCCCACGCGGCACCGACCCCGCCGCCCAUGGCUCUGAUAAUGGAACCGGUGAGCAAAUGGUCUCCGAGUCAAGUAGUGGACUGGAUGAAAGGUCUUGAUGACUGUUUGCAGCAGUACAUUAAGAACUUUGAGAGAGAGAAGAUCAGUGGAGACCAGCUGCUACGCAUUACACAUCAGGAGCUAGAAGAUCUGGGAGUCAGCCGUAUUGGCCAUCAGGAGCUGAUCUUGGAAGCAGUUGACCUUUUGUGUGCACUGAAUUAUGGCUUAGAAACAGAAAAUCUAAAAACACUUUCUCACAAGUUGAAUGCAUCUGCCAAAAAUCUACAAAACUUCAUAACAGGAAGGAGAAGGAGCGGCCAUUAUGAUGGGAGGACCAGCCGAAAAUUACCAAAUGACUUUUUGACCUCAGUUGUGGAUCUGAUUGGAGCAGCCAAGAGUCUUCUUGCUUGGUUGGACAGGUCACCAUUUGCUGCUGUGACAGACUAUUCAGUCACAAGAAAUAACGUCAUACAGCUCUGCUUGGAAUUAACAACAAUUGUGCAACAGGAUUGCACUGUAUAUGAAACUGAAAAUAAAAUUCUUCAUGUGUGUAAAACUCUCUCUGGAGUCUGUGACCACAUCAUAUCCCUGUCAUCAGAUCCUCUGGUUUCACAGUCUGCUCACCUGGAAGUGAUUCAGCUGGCAAAUAUCAAACCAAGUGAAGGGCUGGGUAUGUAUAUUAAAUCCACAUAUGAUGGCCUCCAUGUAAUUACCGGGACCACAGAAAAUUCACCUGCAGAUCGCUGUAAGAAAAUCCAUGCUGGUGAUGAAGUAAUCCAAGUGAACCAUCAGACUGUGGUGGGGUGGCAGUUGAAAAAUUUGGUGAAUGCACUACGAGAGGACCCGAGUGGUGUUAUCUUAACUUUGAAAAAGCGACCUCAGAGCAUGCUUACCUCAGCACCAGCUUUACUGAAAAAUAUGAGAUGGAAGCCCCUUGCUCUGCAGCCUCUUAUACCUAGAAGUCCCACAAGCAGCGUUGCCACGCCCUCCAGCACCAUCAGUACACCCACCAAAAGAGACAGUUCUGCUCUCCAGGAUCUCUACAUCCCCCCUCCUCCUGCAGAACCAUAUAUUCCCAGGGAUGAAAAAGGAAACCUUCCUUGUGAAGACCUCAGAGGACAUAUGGUGGGCAAGCCAGUUCAUAAGGGGUCUGAAUCCCCAAAUUCAUUUCUGGACCAAGAAUAUCGAAAGAGGUUUAACAUUGUUGAAGAAGAUACUGUCUUAUAUUGCUAUGAAUAUGAAAAGGGACGAUCAAGUAGUCAAGGAAGACGGGAAAGCACACCAACCUAUGAAAACUCUCUACUUCGAUACAUGAGCAAUGAAAAAAUUGCUCAAGAAGAAUACAUGUUUCAGAGAAACAGCAAAAAAGACACAGGGAAGAAGUCAAAAAAGAAGGGUGAUAAGAGUAAUAGCCCAGCCCACUACUCAUUGCUGCCUAGUUUGCAAAUGGAUGCAUUGAGACAAGACAUCAUGGGCACACCAGUGCCAGAAACCACACUGUACCAUACAUUUCAACAGUCCUCUCUGCAGCACAAAUCAAAGAAGAAAAACAAAGGAGCUAUAUCAGGCAAGAGCAAAAGAAGAAUUUCUUGCAAGGAUCUUGGCCGUGGUGACUGUGAAGGAUGGCUUUGGAAAAAGAAAGAUGCAAAGAGCUAUUUUUCACAGAAAUGGAAGAAGUACUGGUUUGUCCUAAAGGAUGCAUCCCUAUACUGGUAUAUUAAUGAAGAGGAUGAAAAAGCAGAAGGAUUCAUCAGUCUGCCUGAAUUUAAAAUCGAUAGAGCCAGUGAAUGCCGCAAGAAAUAUGCAUUCAAAGCCUGCCAUCCUAAAAUCAAAAGCUUUUAUUUUGCUGCUGAACAUCUUGAUGACAUGAACAGGUGGCUUAACAGAAUUAACAUGCUGACUGCAGGAUAUGCAGAAAGAGAGAGGAUUAAACAAGAACAAGAUUACUGGAGCGAGAGUGACAAAGAAGAAGCAGAUACUCCAUCGACACCAAAACAAGACAGCCCUCCGCCCCCCUAUGACACAUACCCACGGCCUCCCUCUAUGAGUUGUGCCAGUCCUUAUGUGGAAGCAAAACACAGCCGGCUUUCCUCCACAGAGACCUCUCAGUCUCAGUCUUCACACGAGGAGUUCCGCCAGGAAGUCACUGGGAGCAGUGCUGUGUCUCCCAUUCGCAAGACAGCCAGUCAGCGCCGCUCCUGGCAGGAUUUAAUCGAGACACCGCUGACAAGCUCAGGCUUACACUAUCUUCAGACUCUGCCUCUGGAAGAUUCUGUCUUCUCGGAUUCAGCAGCCAUCUCCCCUGAGCACAGGCGGCAGUCCACUCUUCCAACUCAGAAGUGCCACCUCCAGGAUCAUUAUGGCCCAUACCCUUUAGCAGAGAGCGAGAGGAUGCAAGUGUUAAACGGCAAUGGGGGCAAGCCUCGAAGUUUUACUCUGCCUCGAGAUAGCGGGUUCAACCAUUGCUGUCUGAACACACCAGUUAGUGCCUGUGACCCACAAGAUGACAUACAGCCACCAGAGGUGGAGGAAGAAGAGGAGGAGGAAGAAGAGGAAGCAGCAGGAGAAAACGUUGGAGAGAAAAAUGAAAACAGGGAAGAAAAAUUAGGAGACUCCUUGCAAGAUUUAUACAGGGCACUGGAGGAAGCCAGUCUGUCACCACUAGGAGAACAUCGCAUUUCAACCAAGAUGGAAUACAAACUAUCAUUCAUAAAACGGUGUAAUGAUCCUGUGAUGAAUGAGAAACUGCACAGGCUGAGAAUUCUUAAAAGCACUUUAAAGGCCAGAGAAGGGGAAGUAGCCAUUAUUGAUAAAGUCCUAGACAAUCCAGACUUGACUUCUAAAGAAUUCCAACAAUGGAAGCAGAUGUACCUCGACCUUUUCUUGGAUAUCUGUCAAAGCACCACCUCAAAUGACCCACUAAGUAUCUCUUCUGAAGUAGAUGUUCUCACUUCCUCUCUAACACACACUCACUCAUACAUUGAGACACAUGUGUAAGUGCACUCGGCCUCGAGGUCACCUAGUACCUGACGGUACUCUGAAUCAGUGGAUAAGGUAGUUUUUUUUAUCAGUGUGUUGGAUACUUGACAAGCUCUACUUUAAUGUUACCAAACUAUAUGAAACAAAGCAUACAUGGUCACAUUGCCACUGUCUUUAAAGAGCAUUUGUAUGUUUUAUAUGCAGUCAGUGCUCAGCUUAUGUUACCAUAUGCAGAAUCAACUAUCUUUAAUGACUUAAAUUAACUUUUGCAGACAAUUCUGAAAACAGAUGAUCUUCAAGUAGAAAAACUACAAAAAGGCAGUUUUCUAUCUGAGGUCAUCUCUUCUCCCUUUAAGUUCAUUUUAUAUAUAAUGAAACUUCAACCGUAAAUCACAAUUUUUUCAGGUGCAGACAUCCUUGUGGGUGGGAAAGAAUUUAAACCUUUUUAUAUUUAUUAAAAUGUUCUAAGAAUUUUCUUAAACAUUGCACAAAGUUUAAUGCUGUAGUUUUAUUUUUAUGAAAUGUAGGUGCGUAUAAAAGAGUUAAGCAAACUAGAAGAGCAUGAACAUACGAAAAGUUCAGGUCUAAUAUCUGUCUUAAGAGUCUAUUAACUUGUGCCGACUGGUUAAGGGAGGCACGAUUGCAAACCCAUGCGAGCACUGCGCGGCGUAUCAGGGCAAAGCUUUGUGAGAUGCUUUUGUAACUGAGACCAAAAUUGAACAUAGAGCUGCUUUAUUUUCUUGCUUUAAAUCUUCCUUUAUUUUUGUAGUGAUGAAAUGCUGAUUGUGUACAGAAGAAUUUAAGAAUGGAUUUUUUAAAACAGACUUAACUCACCCAGAAAGGCAGCUAACAGCUACACACACACACACACACACACACACACACACACACACACACACUUUCAGCCCAAACUCGUGUUUUUUGAACUCUUAAAAGACAAGGUAUACACUGAAAUGAGUCCAUUUUCCAGGCAUUUUGCAAUUUUCCCUUGGUCUGUAACUAAACUUCUGUAAUUAUACAUCAGGCAAGGGAGUAAAAUGCAUUUAGUCGUGGCAGAUAGAAGUUGCAGUAGAGAAAAUAAUGUUGAAAAACCUUAAUGGGUUUCUCUACUAAGGAGCAGAGGAUGGCAGUCAUUCAGGGAGUUAUUACAUUGAGUGGCCUGAGAUCAAACACUUAGAGGUUUUUCCUAGAAUCCUGAACUGUUUAUAGGUGGAGUCUAUGAAAAAGUCCUCUUGACAUAUUGCCAUUUUUAUGUGUCUAGUUUUGGAAAGUGACCACAGCAUGAAAGUGACUUGCUGCUUUUUAGUGUGUGGCUGCAUAAUAUACAAGUCACAAUUUGCUGUUUUUUCAGGAGGGAUAGAUCCUCCUUUACUAUUCUAUAUCCUGAAAUCUACUUCUGAUCAGCUUUAUCCUGUUGCCUGUACAGCUCAGUGAAUGUAUUUACAUCUCUAAGAGUUCAGAUAUAUGCCAGUGAAUAUUUUUGCUGUAGAGAAGAAAGUAAAAACUACACAGCGGGAUCUUUUUCUUUGCUUUUGAAAUCACAUUAAAUCACUAUCGUUUUGCAGACUUUGCACAAGUGUACAGGAGAGUGGCCUUUCUACAGCACAUUUUCAGUAAUCCUAUCUUUAGUCAAAAUGGAUGAGAAACAUGCAUUAAUGUUUGUAUGGAAUUGUGGGUCCAGUGUAAUAUUUUUAUCAUUUAGAAUACCCUAUUUGUAAAAACAUUUAUUUACUGCAUGGUUAUUGACAAACAUUAAAUUUGUGGGAUUUUGUAUAUGUAAAAGAAAGAGAGAGAAAGAACAGACAAACAAAACCCCUCUUGUCAUAAAAUGAAGUGUGCUUGUUACAGUUGUUUAGGCAUAUUGAUGUUCACUAGACCAAUGUGGUGUAUCUUCACUUAAAACUAUUUGUACAUGAUGGAUGCGUCACGUAUACAGUGGACAAACAGCCUGCAAACAACAGGCAGUUGGUGGGAAGGCUAGCUCUGUUACUAGUAUGCAGCUUCUACUUUUGUAAAGUCAGCUGUUGUUUUACUGGUAAAAAAAAAAAUUAAACUAAUGAAUUUUAUAAGACUGGUGAGUUAUAAGACUAGCCUAGCAUGAAAGAGACCUUUUAACAAUAUAUAUCUGUACAUUUUAUUGCAUUAGUUUCAAAUCUAGGAGAGAGGCAGCACUGUAAACUGAAGUCAAAUAAAUCCAGCUCUUAAUGAA